CCUUCCUCCUCUGACCAUCACCGCACGUUGUCUUCGAAAUCGAAACUAAAAGUAAGCACAGCAUCCGCGGCUCGACGCCUGCUUCCUUUCUCUUCGGAACUGAUAUCAUUGACUCAAAAUUAUGCAUUUUUCAUUGGAGCGAUUGAAGGCAAGGAAGUUCAAUUGACGACUUAAUUAAGAAUUACUAGUUUGAAGAGUCUACUUUAACAUAACUCUAGUGUAGGAAAUACGCGCGUAGGAGUCCCGCAAUAGAUUCUGGCUCGCCGUUUCCUCUAGUACUCACAGAAACCUUAUCUUGUGGCGCAAUCAGUUUCCUUCCGGUGCUAUUUUUUUUUUUGGUCAUUGAACUCCCAUUUUAUGUCAGCCUGUCCCUAUCUCUCUUUCUUUUUCUAAUUUGAAGCUUUGUCGCAGCAGUUUUAGUUAUCAGUCAUCGAGGUUGAGAAGACGUUUUGUUCUCUUGCUUUGGGAACGGAUUCUGCCUGAAAAUUUUCUCAGUUCGAUUCAAAUUAUAGUGGAAUUUGACAAGACUGACUUCAAUCUCUAAUUCCACUUUUCGAUUCUCAUGCAAUCUUCUCUUCACACAGCCUCGAUUAGUUAUCAUUUAUCUUGGAAACUUCCAAGAACUUGCUACAUAUCCAAUGAAUCAAUACUCAAUAAUUCUAAACUGUUUUUCAAACCAUUGGCUGCUUAUUCCUCUUUGAGAACACAACUUGAUAGUGAAUCCGAUGAAGGGGUUGAAAAAGGACCACAGUCCACAUUGCCAGUUAGCCUUCCGUUUGUGGUUCGUAGCUCGAUGAAGGUCUCUAAGUACUUUUGGGAUGGGGACUGUAUACGAAUGGUCAGUGUUGAUGGUGGCGGCUCAUCGUCUUUUGAGUUCGAUUUCGACAAGGGGUUUCGUAAAUUGUUCAGGAUAUGCUGUUUUCUUAUCAGGGAUUUUCUUAUUCCUCAACAAGUUGCUGAUAGUUACAUGGAUUAUGUGAAGUGGAAGUUCUUGCAUCGUGUUUUCAGCUCCGCGCUUCAAGUUCUCGCUACUCAGGCCAUGUUCAAGGCCAUAGGAGUUGGGCACUCCUAUUCACUUCCAUCUUCUGCUGCUUUGAAUUGGGUUUUAAAAGAUGGCAUUGGAAGACUUAGCAGAUGCAUCUACACUGCUAGUCUGGCGUCUGCAUUUGAUACAAAUUUGAAGAGAGUCAGGUUCUCUACGUCAAUCCUUUUUGUUGCUAGCAUUGGACUUGAGUUACUUACUCCUGCGUUCCCACAAUACUUCCUCCUUCUUGCAACUAUUGCCAACAUUGCGAAGCAAAUAAGCCUGGCAUGCUACUUAGCAACUCGGUCUGCUGUCCAUCAAAGUUUUGCUGUGGUGGACCAUCUUGGUGAAAUUUCUGCUAAGGCACAGAUACAAACAGUGUGCUUUGACAACCUUGGCCUCGUGCUUGCUGCACUUAUAAACAUGUUAUUUGAGAAGUAUCUAAGACGACAAGUAGGUCUUCAUUUCCUUAUUUAUCUCAUUUUUGCUGGCAUGGACCUUCUUGGGAUAUAUCAGGGGCUGAAGCUUGUCCACCUGCGAACUUUGACUAAGGAUAGACUUGAAAUUAUACUCAAUACUUGGAUUGAGUCUGGGUACGUUCCUGCUCCUGCAGAGGUGAGCGAGAAAGAAGGAAUUAACAUUCUGGGAAUUGGAGGUCAAGAAUCGUGGCCAAUUAGAAUAGGGUGUUUAAAUCCCAGCAACCAUAUACCCAGGUGGUCAAUAGAGGCAAUGCAACGUAUUACUGGAGAUGAUUUUUACUUCAUAUGCAUAGAGAUCUUGUCCAAAAGAUUAAACAGAAUUGGGCAGCCCGCUAUCCUUCUUUCUUUGCGUGAAGGUGCCGAAGCAGUUCAUAUAAUAAUGGGUUUGCUACAGGCUUGCUCCAUCCGCAAGGUCCUCAUUGCGGAUCGUAGUCGGUGGGAAAAUAGUAAUGAAUCAGAGUCAGCCCUUGAAGAGUGGGCUAUGAUCAUUGAGGAUAGCAAGAGGUCUGCGGAAAGGGAUCUGUCUGAUUUGAUGGAACAAAUUUUGGUGAAGGGUUGGGAAGUGAAGGGCAUCUUACUUUCCAGAACAGAGCUAGCUCGAUUCACUUUCAAUUAUGGUAACUGAAUUUUCUCGGGCUCCUUCGUGGCGGAGGAGUGUUUUGGGGUUUACAUUUUUUAUGAAAAAAAUAUGCUGUUCAUUCAAAAUUGAGUUUGCUGGGCCUUGCUCUCUUUUGUGUGAAAAAAAAAAUGAUUCCAAAUAUUCAGAUCUAUGGCUUAUAGAAUCUUUCUGCACAAUCUAAAGUUCAUACCAGCCUACAGUGUGAAUAUAUCAAUUUUUAGUACUUACUGAAAUA